UGAAAAUGAGUUUGCUCCUCAGCCUUAUGAAAAGACUGCGCUUUAUUGAUUUUCUUCUUGUAAGUACAAGCAGUGUGCGGUACAAACCUACAAACUACUCGUUUUUUCGCUGUGACAAAAAAUGAUGAUAUUCCGACUUUUAAGAAUCGGCCGUAAUUGGGUUUGAGGCGUUGCUUAACAGUAACACUCGUUGACGUCACACACAUUUCGGAAUCUGUGUAUGGAAUAACGGCAGCCUGUGAGCGCCAUGUAAGGUUAGCGCUAAAUUUCCCUGUAUUUCUGGAACACAUCGCGUGGGCUACGCCCUCUCUUCUUCUAUACAAUAAAAUCGCAAUGCUGCUGCAUGAGAUUGUGGCAACACAGUGCUGUGACAGACGCUGCGCGCGCCGUUUGUAGGCAGUAAUAAUUCUACUCGUAGAUGGAUCUGCUAGCAAUAGUCUCUCUGUCAUCAACUGUCAUUUUCAUGAAAAAUGCUUAUUUAGAGGAGCUCCUUUUUUGAUACGCCUCUUUUUAUUUUUCAGUGGAAUGCUGUGAUUUUAUGAUUGGGUUGUCUGUUAUGUGGAGCCCGCAGUGUGACCCAGAUUACUUCUCUCUCAACCAAACGCCUCGGGGGAGUGGAUGGAACUCCUGCUUCAUAUUCGGCACAACAAUGUAAGCGAUCGAAGCACACACGCGUUGCAGCUGUUGCAGAUGACUGGGCGCCGUGCAACAGCUACUACUGAUCUUCAGGCAGCCAAUUGCAUAGACUAUGGCAAGCAGUGCAGCAGGAAGGGCUAUUUCAUCAGUCGGAAAGCAGCCGUGUUGAUAGCGGUUGUCUACAUCUGCUCCCUUGUACUCACAGGAUUGCUGGUGUUUUACUGUGUGCCACGGUCCAGUUCUUCUAAGUUGCAGGCAUCAGACACAAAUCUCGCCAGAACCUUUAGAAUGAGGCCACAAGUGACUCUGCCCUACCAGAAGACUCACAGCAGCAACCGCCUAACAACCCACACUAUACCCACUCACUACAGGAUCCAGUUGGUGCCUUUUAUCAUGGAAGACAACUUCACGACAUCAGGUGAGGUGUGGAUCACUCUGAAGUGCCUUGAGGCAGCAGAUAACAUCACCCUCAACAUUAAUGACAUUGAGGUGCAAGAGAGCUCUGUUAAGGUCACGCAGUUACACCCCAAGAAGGAUCUCAGCAUUCAGGUGGUUGAUCAUGUAUACAAUACAGAUGCACAAACAUACAGUUCAAUCUUGGACCAGCAGCUGAUGCCUGGCGGACAGUACGAAUUAUAUAUCAAAUUUAUGGGACAUAUUAAUGAUCAUCUUCAAGGCUUUUACCGUAGCAGUUACUUUGAUCCUGAAACAGGGCAGAAACGGUGGCUGGCAAGCACUCAGUUCUCUCCAACAGAUGCUCGUCGAGCAUUCCCUUGUUUUGAUGAACCAGCAUUCAAAGCCCGCUUCACAGUGAGCCUUGCUCGAUCUGCCAACUUAUCAUCACUCUCAAACAUGCCUCUCAAUUUCACAGAACCCAUGUCUGAAAUUCCAGGCUGGGAGUGGGACCAUUACAACGAGACUGUUCCCAUGUCCACAUAUCUUGUUGCUUUCAUCAUUUCUGACCUCCACUCUUUGGAUGCAACUAUGACGAAUCUCUCCAUAAGUGAGGACAGUUUCAGGUUCACAGUGUGGGCUCGUGAGUUUGCACUGCCCCAGACAAGCUAUGCAGCCAGGAUUGGACCAAGAAUUCUGCAUUACCUGGAAACAUACUUCAACAUACCAUUCCCAUUGCCCAAACAAGACAUGGUGGCGCUCCCUGACUUCGGAUUCAGUGCAAUGGAAAACUGGGGGCUCAUAACUUUCAGAGAAUCAGCUUUGCUGUAUGAUGCUAACAUAUCUACUGAGGUGAACAAGGAGCGAGUGGCUGAGGUUGUCAGCCAUGAACUGGCUCACCAGUGGUUUGGGAAUCUUGUCACACCAUGGUGGUGGAAUGAUCUGUGGCUGAAGGAGGGCUUUGCCACAUUUAUUGGUUAUCAAGGACUACAUCAUGUUGAGCCAAGCUGGAGGAACAAAGAUCAGUUCAUCAGAGAUCACCUUCAGGAAGUGUUGAUGUUGGAUGCCCUUGAGUCUUCACAUCCCAUCUCAGUGCCUGUUCAGCACACAGACCAGAUACGAGAGAUUUUUGACAGAGUGUCAUAUUGUAAAGGUGCAUCAGUGAUUCGUAUGAUGAACCACUUCCUGGGGGAGGAGACCUUCAAGCGUGGACUCACAAACUACCUGGAAGUCCACAAGUUUAGCAAUGCUCGUCAGGAUGACCUGUGGCAACAGCUGACAUUGCAGGCUCACCAAGAUGGUUCUCUCCCUUUACAUAUGACAGUGAAGGAGAUCAUGGACACAUGGACCCUACAGACAGGAUACCCAGUAGUCACUGUCACAAGGAACUAUUUAAAUGUCUCUGCAUACAUAUCACAGGAGCGGUUCUUGUUGUCAUCAAACACCAUCACUAAUGCAACCUGGUGGGUACCACUCACAUUCACCACACAAGAAGCACCAGACUUUAAUAUGACCCAACCACAGCUCUGGCUUGAGAAUGUACAGUCUACAGUGGUGGAGGGUUUGCCAGGCAACACAAGCUGGGUUCUAUUCAACGUCCAUGAGACAGGUUUCUACCGUGUUAACUAUGACCAUGCCAACUGGAGACUACUGAUAUCCAGCUUCCAGCAGCUACCAGAUGUGACAAGAGCGCAACUGCUGGAUGAUUCACUGAACCUGGCACUGUCUGGGCGGUUGGAGUACAGAAUUGCUAUGGACCUCACCUCUCAGCUCAUUACAGACGUGGAGUAUCUGCCCUGGUCUGCAGCUCUCACUGCGCUUGAACACCUGGAUACAAUGCUGGCACUUACCCCUGCAUAUGGCAACUUCAAGCAUAUAGUACUGGCACUGCUAGACAAAGUUUACAACAGUCUGCAGUUUGAAGACAGAGCACUGGACAGCCACCUGGACCUGCUGAAUAGGGCCCAGGUCCUAUCCUGGGCCUGCAGGCUGGACCACGAGUUCUGUGUUUGGAAUGCUAAGAACAAGUAUCGUCGGUGGAUGACACAAGAACUUGAGGAGCGGGAAACAGGCCCGAUAUCUCCUAACCAGAAAGAAGUGGUGUACUGCACAGCAAUAAAGCAUGGUGGAGCAGAUGUGUGGAAUUUUGCAUGGAAGAAGUACCAGUUGUCCAAUGUUGGUUCUGACAAGGAGCAUUUGUUGGAAGCUCUAGGCUGCUCCAGAGAGCCAUGGAUUCUCAACAGAUACCUGAGUUGGAUCACCUCAAACAGUUCAGGGAUCCGCAAGCAAGAUGGGGCACGUGUGUUUGUAACUGUGGCAAACAAUGUUGUGGGACAUUCCCUAGCAUUCAACUUCCUAAGGGACAAUUGGGAUGCCCUACAAAGCUACUAUGGUGUUGCUUUCUCCAGCAUUUCAAGGAUGGUGUCUGCCAUUGCAACAUACAUGAACACCCCUCUGCAGCUGUCACAGCUGGAGAAACUGCAAGAUGAGAAUGCUGAUAAGCUUGGAACAACAACCCAAAGCUUUAAGCAAGCCAUCGAGGUAGUCCGGGCCAAUGUGCAGUGGAUGGCCAAUAGCUAUAAUGAGGUGAAUGAUUGGCUAGAAUCAUAUUCCAAAUCUCAUUACCUGUAGCCUAGUCAAUUUUCUGAAGUCCAAUAAUUGACAGUGUAGAUGUUGUAAAUAAUAUCAUACUAGAAUAACACACACAGACAAAACUAAUAUUUUAAAUAGUGAUGUAAUGUGUUGUUUAUUGCUUCCCUGUUUUGCUUUAAGACUUGUGAUAAUGACUGUGAGAUGGUGCGAGGAUGUGUAGAUGGCUCAUAUGAUAGAGACAGGUAAAUAGUAAGCAGUCAAGAUGCUUGCAAAAGUGUUGCUUACUUAUCCAUGACAUCAUCACAUGCCGGUAUUGAUAAAACUUUACAAAUUCAAUUUUUGUUGAAAGAAAACGUUCACUAAAGCAGUAUAUCUUUUAGUUGAAUCAAUGUCAUACAAGUAUUACCUUCCUGGAAUAAAAUAUUUUGAAAGAAAGAACAAGAUUCUACCAUUUGAACCACAUAUGAAACUGAUGAAAUAUCAAUUUAUAUUUUUUAUUUUGUUUUAUUUUAUGCAUUACAUUUAUUGUUAAUGUAAUAUUUUGCAAUAAAAUGCAAUAUAGAAAAAAAACAUCUUUCACUUCCCAUUUACUUCCAUUGUGAUUAUAAGUAUACCACUCAACUAUCUAGUGUCAGUUAACAUUACUUGCUGACAUAACACAAUAU